GCCUACAAGUAAAUAUAAUACCCGUGAACUCCCUUAACCCAGAUGAUCAUAGAAUAUCGACUCUCUUCAAUUUAAACCACCUCUCGUACAUUAGUCGUUAUGGUUUCAUUCAUGACGCAGUCGAGAAACCGAAAAAUCUGUUCCCCUAAAUAACUAGGGUUUUCCAAAGGGGUUCUUCUGGACCGAGGACCACAAAGUUCCUAAUUUGGUUCCAAUUUCUGUCUUUUAGGGUUACGAUUGUCUGUGAUUUUAUCAUGGACUGGGCGUUGGAUUCCGUGAUUAGGGUUUUUCUUUUGCUGGUUUAGCAUUCUGGGAUUUCCUGAAUUGGCGUUUGGUGUUUCGAGAUUUUGGGUUAUUAGGGCUUUCGACGGUGUUGAUUUUUCAUGAUACCAGUUUGGAAAUUGGGAAAGUUUCGGGUUUAGGGCCUGUUUGAUGCUCAGGUAACUUAGUUUCACGAAUGGGGCUAGAUUUUUGAGCAAGUUCAUAUUUUAGGGUUGUUUUUUUUUCGUUAACUUAUUUGAAUUGGCUGUGACUGGUAUUUCACGGCAUUCGCCUGUUUUUAAUUUGUGUGCGUUCAGCUGGGAAGUUUGUUUUUUGGGGAUUUUAGUAAUGGCUUCGCACGGGGAAGAGGACCUGGAGUAUGAGAGUGAUCCGGAAGAUGCAAAGCGUUCACUGGCCAUGCGUAGGCGAGAAGCAGCCAGUGAUGAUGAGGAAGGGGAAAGAGAAGUAAGCGAGGAGAAGCCCAGGAUGGAUAGUAAGGCCCCAAUUCAUUCGGAUGAAUCAGAUGGUCAGGGUGGGGCUGCAGAUUAUGAUGAAGACGAAUAUGUGGAAGAUGAGGAAGAGUACAUAGAAGAUGAAGAAGGGGAAGAGGCCUAUGAAGAAGAGGAGGAAGAGAUUCUUGAUGGGGAGGGAGAAGUUGUGGAGGGUAAGGAGAGGAGUGAAGAAAGAGUAAAUAGUGCUGGUACUGGCAGUGGGCGUGAUGCUAAUGCUGUGGAUGUGGGUAUGGACAAUGAGAUGCAAGGUAAUGUGAGGAGGAAUGCUGAGGAGGUUGCAGCAGAUGUGCCUGCGGGGAAUCAUGUUGAGGAAGAGGACGUUGAGGAAGAGGAAGACAAGAAGGAGAAUGAGCCUUUUGCUGUACCAACUGCUGGUGCAUUUUACAUGCAUGACGAUCGCUUUAGGGACAAUGCUGCUGGUAGACACAGGAGAACAUAUGGGGGAAGAAAGUUGUGGGAGUCGAAAGAUGACAGGAAAUGGGGGCAUGAUAAGUUUGAGGAGGUGUCUAUCCAGGAAAGGCAUUAUGAUGAGGGAAGGAGAACUUCUAGAGGUCGAGGUUAUCAAGCCCGUGGUAAAAAUCGAGGUCCAGAUCAUGUGUAUGGUAGAGGAAAUAGGCCUAAAGUGUACAACAACAGUAAUAGGAAUCAGAACCAACCAAAGGGUGUGAGAGGGAGAGGACCCAUAAGAUAUGCAAAGCCUGUGGAGAGAACUUCACAUACCAGUUCAGGAAAAUCCUUCACGUCCACAUCAAAUGCUCAACCUGAACCUCUUCCUGCUAGAAAACAAGUGUUCGCAUCUAGUUUGAGUUCUGCUUCUCCUCCUUUUUUCCCUUCAGGGUCUUCUAAUAAGGAUGUUGCCCUUGCACACAAAAGAGAUGUGCAAACGGGAAGUACCAGCAGGAGCAAUCGCCCUACUGGAAUUGAUGGCAGCUUUUCAGUUCAAGAUACCAACGCAUUACUUCGGAAAAACAAAGUAGCUGAUUCUGUUGGCAUGGAGAAGCUCUAUAUUAAUGACUCCAUGAAUGGGGCAGCCGGUAAGCCUUUGCCAAAUCUGCAGGCGCUGCCAUCUGGAUCUUCACUGGUCAAUACUGUGAAACCUUCUGAGUCCCGGGUUCAGGGUAGGGGUGUGGCUGUUCAAGGACAGAUGACCUAUCAACCAUCACCAUCUUCUAACCAAGCCAGAUUUUCUUCUCCAAUGCAACCCCAUACUGCUCACAGAGGUACUAUGCAAAACCGAGGCCGACCUUCUGUACAAGCUUCUGGUCAGCAGUUGGGCCAGCGCUCUGGUAGCAGAUCUCAAGCAUCCUCUCCUCCAAAAACUGCUACGUCUAUGAGUUCAUAUGAACCUGGGGAAGUGGAAUCUUCCUCAGUAUCAAAUAAAUCAAAAUUUGAAGUGGUAGGAAAGGCCAAAGGCAAUAUUCAAGGAAAUGGACGGGGCUCUUUCAUGUACAAUGGAGCUCAGCCUCAGGUUAUGGGAGCCACAGGGAGUAUGGCUGUGGGUCGCGGUGAUCAAGACUUCCCUGCAACCUCAGCCUUCCUCCCAGUUAUGCAAUUUGGGGGCCAGCAUCCUGGUGGUAUUGGAGUUCCUGCUGUUGGCAUGGCGUUUCCUGGAUAUGUUGCUAAUCCACAUGGUUUGGGAAAUUCUGAAAUGACGUGGUUACCUCUUUUGGCUGGUGCUUCUGGAGCUUUGGGGGCUACUUAUCGUCCCCCUUAUAUUGCUGUUGAUGGGGCUUAUCAUGCUCGCCCAUCAGGACAAACAUCUUCCAUGGGAUCCACAAGCAAUGACAAUCAUUCUAAUAAACCUAAUAAUGACUGGAAUCCAUCUCAGAGGCCAGAGUCUGUGAAUGAUGACUUCGGGCAGAAACAAAAUAAGCCUCCUCGUAGAUACUCGGAGAUGAACUUUAGCCAGUCCAAUUCUUAAAUCGGAUGAAGCCUAUUGAAUAAGCAGAUAAAGAUCAAUGUCUGCUCAGUUGAGCAUUUGGCUUUUUGGGUGUUGCAAAAAUUGUUACUGUGAUUUGUUGGUGAUCCAAGCCUUUAGUGUUCUCCAGACACUGUUAUGGAGCACUUUGGGCUGCAGUAUGUUUCAUAAUCUUUUAGUUAUAUAAUCAAACACAUGCUCGUGCUGCACUUAAUUUAAGAUCGUAAUUUUGUGGCUUGGCGGGUGGUAGUUUAUUGUUUAAUCAUGCGGUUUUCUUGUUGCUUGGUUUUUGGUGAAGCUUCUAAGAAAUGUGAUGUGGGCUGCUUCUGAAACUAUAUAUUUGGGGAUAUGUCGAAGAGCAAGAAUUAAUAUGCGGAAUCAACCAGAGUUUUAGGUGUUUUUAUUGAAAGCGGAUAAUUUUUUGCAUUUUUGUUAACGAAAACUCUGAUGUUAUCUUUGCGACAUAAGUAUUGGUCUUGUUUUGAAUAUUCCUUUGUGAAUGGGAUUUCUUAGCGACCGGCCAACUCCUGAGAAUACUGCAAAGUGUCGUGUUAUUCGUCCGAUAUCCUUGAAAUGUUAAUUGGUUGUGUUGUAUCCAGGUGAUUAUGGCAUGUUGAGGCAAUGGAAUGCUUGCAGUGUGAUUUGAUAAUUGUCCCUUCUAUUUUUUAUGAUGAAAUUUUCAUAUGAUAAAAGCUUCUCUCUUCAUG